GUCGGUGGGCAGCGGGCUGCCAGUGAUUGACCAGCUCCUCUCCCUGAUCUGUCAGCCUGCUCGCCUUGGCGCCUCCCCUCUCCUCUAUAAAUGAACCAAGUCUAUUCACUGCGCUCAUUGCGCGCCUGCUGAAGUGAGAGGAACCGGAGGGCUUCGCGGGAUGUGUUGACAGACCAGAAUUUCGCCUUUUGGGUUCGCUUCACCUUUUCGGUCUUCUGCAGCUUCUCGUUGUCGUCGCUGCCGUGUCAGAAGCGGCUCCUGCUCGGGUUCUUAUUGUUUCAUUAUCGCCGCUGCCUCCGCGCGAGAGCCGUCGGGUUAUUUAAGAUGAAGGCUGUUACUCCAGUCCACCCCCAGGACUCCUCCUCCUCUUCCUCCUCCUCCUCCUCCUCUUCAUCCUCCUCCUCCAGCGGCGGCGGCAGCAGCAGCCAGCUCUCCCUGCACUAUCUGUCGAAGCAGAGCCUGAACAUCGCCCGGUGCCGGAUGGAAGAGGAGGACCUGUUCUGCUUGCAGUACGACAUGAACGACUGCUACAGCCGCCUGAAGCGCCUGGUGCCCACCAUUCCGCAGGACAAGAAAGUGAGUAAAGUGGAGAUCCUCCAGCAUGUCAUAGACUACAUCCUGGACCUGCAGCUGGCUCUGGAGACGCACCCUUCCCUGCAGAAGCAACCGCCUCAGCGGACCUGCCCGCCGGCAGCCUCCAACCCCAACAGGACGCCGCUGACGGUGCUCAACAUCGACCACCACCAGAGAACAUCAAUAGUGAAAAAACCAGAGGACUCAGUUUUAUGCCGCUGAGACAUCAAUGCUGCAUUUGGUGUGCAGGCAGCGCAGAGCCGCUCCAAAAGUCAGCAAAGCUUCGCCAGGGACUCACACACCCAACUGGAGGCACAGUGUCACAAGAGGGGGGCAAAAAAAAACACACACACACAUGCACACACACACACACACCCGCUGAGAGGGAAAUAAACCCGAAUAAAAUCUUUUGGGUUUUUUUUUUUUUUCAAAUCAGCUUUUUUUUCCUUCAUAAUGUUGAUUCUGAAAAAGGG